AUGCAGUCAAAGAAGUCUGCUUCUUCAACCAUUCUCCACCCAGCACCUGUUGGAGGUGUGGUCCUGUAUCAUGCAGCAAAGCUGAAGACUGAGAUUGACGCGCUGAAGCAGGAGCUACAAGCCACACAUGUGGCUUUCUCAGCAGCUGUGCUUCUUCCAGGCACUGGACCAUAUGUCGGACCCUUUAACACAGAGACCACUCUGGUCUUCAAACAUGUUAUCACGAACAUUGGAAAUGCCUACAACCCAUCCACAGGUAUUUUCACUGCACCAGUGAGAGGAGUCUACCACUUUGAGUUGCACAUGUUUGGACAUGGUGGUGUUGCUGUAGGUGCUUAUUUGUACAAGAAUCAAGGGCUCGUUGUUAUUGCAUAUGAACACCAAACAGCAGCUGGAGAACUGAGUGGCUCUAAUGGAGCCUCACUGCUUCUAGAGGUUGGAGAUCAGGUGUUUGUGCGUCUCCUCGAUGGUAGAAGGAUAUAUGACAAUCAAAAUCAUCACACCACCUUCAGUGGUCAUCUGAUCUUCACCAUGUGAGAGGUGUGACAGCUCCAACACUUCCUGUUUGGCCUGUCCUGUGUGGGCGGAGCUUAGCCAUUUUUAGAAGUAAAACAGGAAGUAAAUCACCUGCUGGAAUCAGUUUCUUGCUCUCUCUCUCUUUCUGGUUGGGUUCUAGUUUUGUGUUUAUUUGUUUCUACUGACUCAGAUAAUUUACUUCUUCUUGUUAUCUUUGAUUCAAAUAAAUCCAGUUAAAUGCUCAGUGAUUCUCUUCUCUUUGUCCUUUCUUCGAGUCGGCUCUUCACAAAGUGCUGCUCCUCCAUUAGGUCCUGACUAUUUUCUAUAAGUUGGUAAACUGCAUCGUUUUUUAUUGGCUCCACUGUCCUGUGUUGGUCAGUCUGUUAUUUUGGUGACUGCUGGCCCACAUGUUUGCUUUUAACUGGAGUCUUUCCUGUUAAGUUGAGCAAAAUCCAACAGUUCCUCUUUUUCUCUUCUUUGAUAAUCAUGCAGGUGUUUUUCUUAAACUCUUAACAGAUGUUAAACCUAAUCUGACUAUCAUGAUAAAAUUGUAAACAGCUGAUUUAGUUUGAUAUAAAAUGUGUGUCAGUGCUGUGGAGGAAUGUUUCCUUAUUUUUCAUCUGAAUCCAAAUGCAGACACAGAUAACUGACUGUAAACUUACUCGGGUUCAUUUCUUUAAAUUCUUUACUUUCAAAAUAAAAGCAUCUUUGAACU